UAAAGUGAAAUGCUUUAGUCUGGUUUGAACAGCACUCAAAUUUAAAUCCUAAACAUUUUCGUUUUUUUAAUCCAAAUUCAAAUAGUUUUUUCUAAUUUUCGGCCUCAAAAUUCAGAUAUGUUAAAAAUGAUGUUUUGGAAGACUAUUGCAGCCGAGUCUCAAUUGCUUCAGCGUCAUGUGCGAACUAUUAUGACAAGUUCAGCUCGCUCGUUCAAGGCAAAGGAAUAUAGCCCCUCUCCCACAUGCCUGUCCAAGGGCAAGAGUCAAAAGAAGAAGUCGGAUACUGAUUGCGUUGAUGACCACCCUAAGCCACGUCGGCGGAAGGAUAUAGAGGAAACCUUUCCAUUUUAUCAUUUAAUCAAGUUCAAGGAUGAAUGCUGUGGCUCGGAAUGUAUAGACAAGGAUUUCCCGAGCUUUGACAAGUGCUUGUACAAAGAGUCUGACAAGAACAAACGCAAGUAUCAAGUUACAUGGGUAGAGUGUCCGCCAUUAAAGAUCAAGCCCAAGAAAAUCUGCUGCACCGCGAAGGUUCAACAUCCUCCGAUUGUUCGUCGCAAGCCCUUAGAGAAACCGGACACGGCUUGCGCAUUGCCAGAAUCCUGCAAGCCGAAAGGAGAUCUAAAAUGUCGCCGCAUUACGAUGCCCCGUUGUAGGCCUGUGCGAGUUCCCGUUCGUUGCCAUCGCGUUCGUUGGCCGAGUGAAUGCAAAAAGGUCAAGGCGCCAUAUCCAUCCUUCUCAGAAUGCAGCCGCCCGAAGUUGCGUGGAAAACGACGAACUGAAUGCGAAUGCCUUGAUGAAAUAUCAAUGUGUCAUCUACUCGCUUAUCUGAAUAGACGACUCCGGCAAACUGGCACUAUGCAACUGAAUCCCUGUCAAAAGUAGAUUUAUAAUUUAAGCUUUGAUUUAACUAAAAAUGAAUACUAUUAUUUUAAGAAAACAA